AUGCACGGCCAACGGUGUAUAGAGGAAAAUAGUGUUGUGAUUCUCUACGUCGAUUUCAAAACGUUGCGGGUUCUUCGCGUAACGAAGACCGUGGAUACAAAGGAUGGAAAGAAAGUGCCCAACAUCUAUCAGACCAUUUACGGUCCCUUGAACGUCUCGGAAGUUAUAGGUAAACCUUAUGGAGCAAGAAUUGAGUUGAAGAAGGGUUUUGUGUAUCUUAUGUUUCCCUCACCGGAGCUUUGGACGCUCGCAUUGCCACACAGAACGCAGAUUCUUUAUUCCACGGAUAUUAGUUUGAUUAUUGCCAAUCUGGAGCUGAAACCAGGGAAGAUCGUAUGUGAAGCCGGAACCGGCAGUGGUUCUCUGAGCUGUUCAAUAUUACGAACGAUAAUGCCGUGUGGAAAGCUUCAUACGUUUGAUUUUCACGAUCAGCGUGUAGAGUGUGCCGUCGAAGAAUUCACCUCCCUUGGAUAUGGUGAAUUUGUUGUUGCCAAGCAUCGCGAUGUCUGUCAGGACGGUUUUGGAGUAGAACUUACCGGAAAGGUUGACGCCGUUUUCCUUGAUCUGCCUCAUCCUUGGCUUGCCUUGACAGCAGCCACAAAGGUGCUGAAAAACUGCGGCCGAAUCGCAUCAUUUUCUCCGUGUGUUGAGCAGGUUCAGAAAAUGUGUGUCGAAUUGAGAUCAAAUGGAUAUGAACAAUUGAAAACGAUCGAAUGUUUGGUCAGAGAGUCAGUCGUCAAAACGAUCACGCUCACGACCCCCAGCUUAUGCACAGCAAAGAAUCGUACAGAAGAGCCUCUUCCGAAGCGCAUGAAGACGGACGGGUCAGAUCCGCGUGAUGGGGGUGAAGCGACAUUUUUCUCCAUGCCAGUUACGUCAUGUGCUGGACAUACUGGCUUCUUGACAUUUGCGACAUGCAUGAAGAAUCGUUCAUGA